AUGGCGGAUAAGUCCAAAUUUAUUGAGUACAUUGAUGAUGCUUUAGAAAAAUCAAAAGAAACUGCACUUUCUCGCUUAUUCUUCACCCAUCAGGGGAUUCCUUAYCCAGUUACCAUGUGUACUUCAGAAACUUUCCAAGCGAUGGACACCUUUGAAGCCAGGAGCGAUGACAUUGUGCUAGCAUCUUACCCAAAGUGUGGAAAGUCUAUUUUAAUUUCCAAACAAAGAAUGAAACAGUUUCCGUCACCAAGGAUUUUGACAACUCACCUCCAUUAUGACAAAUUACCUGGAUCCAUCCUGGAACAUAAAGUCAAGAUAUUGGUGAUAUUCCGCAACCCUAAAGAUACAGCGGUAUCUUUUUUCCAUUUCCACAAUGAUGUCCCUGAUAUUCCAAGCUAUGCCUCUUGGGAUGAAUUCUUCAGACASUUCAUGAAAGGACAAGUUUCUUGGGGAAGCUAUUUUGAUUUUGCAAUCAAUUGGAACAAACACCUGGACAAUGAAAAUGUUAAGUUCAUACUAUAUGAAGACCUGAAAGAGAAUCUGACUGCUGGAAUAAAACAAAUUGCUGAGUUCUUUAGAUUCUCUGUAACUGGGGAACAGAUUCAAACCAUCUCAGCCCAGAGUACCUUCCAAGCGAUGAGAGAAAAAUCUCAGGAGACGCAUGGUGCUGUUGGCCCAUUCCUGUUCCGCAAAGGUGAAGUUGGUGAUUGGAAAAACUUGUUCAGUGAAACUCAGAACCAGGAAAUGGAUGAAAAAUUCCAAGAGCUCUUAACAGGCACUCCCCUGGGAGUAAAGCUGAAGUAUGAAUCAUAUUGCCAGGCUUGA